UUUUAAUCGCACGUAGGUUUUGUAUGGUAAUCGCAUUGAGGAUUUGUUUAAAUGAUUUAUCUGUUCCAAGUAUAAUCUCUCCACGACCACAUUGGUCCUGUCAAUCCUGGAGGCUCAAUGCAUUGCUGCCAAUGCUCUUAUGAGAAGAUCAUGCACAUGUUGGAUGUUUAUAAUUAAUUUGUGAUUCCUCUAUCAUACAUGAGUAUUAACUAUUAUAAACAUCAGAUAUUUAAUCUCUUAGAUAUAUAAUCCAUAUGUGAACUGAGAAUUAGAGAGAUGGCAAUUAUAGUAAAUUGAUGUGCGAAAACUCUAAAUUUCUAUCUCGUGGAUUGGAUUCAGUCAAUGGAUAAUGAAGUGGAACUAUGAGAGGAAUAGCUCUAAAGUAAGGAUUGUAAAGGGCCAACUUUUCCUAUUUAUAAUAGUAUAAAUAUAGAAAUGGACCCUUUCAAUUGUAUUGAAAUUGUUUUCUUAGACUUCUGUUAAUCGAUAAAUAAGUUUCAAGAUACACUUGGUUUUGUAUGAUAUUUUCCCAAAGGAAACUCUUUAGUGUUCAUUAUUUGUCAAGGUGGCACAUUAAAAAGGCGUCCCUAUAAUGUGAGCACCAUCUGUGAUGAGUAUAGGCAGUCUGUUGUUUGCUUUAUUUGUCACCUCUGCCUAUCCUCCGCUCAUUCUUUGGCAGAUAUUAAUGUUUUCAAACAAUUUCCUAGUUUGACCGCAUAUGCAUUUAUUAAAUGAUAAAUAUGGACUGCAUGCCUUCUUGUUGAUAUAUACUUUUUUAUUACUUGAUAUAUAAGCUUUCAAGAUAGGCUUGGUUUUGUAUGAUACUUUCCACAAAGGAACUCUUUACCAUACAUGUGUAACAACAUAAUAUUACAAGGUGAUGCAUGCAAAAAAUUUGUCAUCUAUUUGGCAACUUUGCCUACAUUUGUGACCACCAUUAAAGUACGAGCUGUCGUAUUUGUCACAUCUGCCUAUCCUCCCCUCAUACAUUGGCAACUAUCAAAGCUUGAACAUCCUAGUUAGGACGUAUAUGCAUUUACUUAAACAAUAAGCAAAAGCAUAGCCCACAAGCCUUCUUCCCCAUCCUUAUCCUUUGAUUCAAAACUAGAAACUCUUCUAUUAUACCAUCUGCCUUCACCUUCCAUGGAGCCUGAUCUAUUCAAUGCUGCCAAUUCUUACUAUAUGAUACUUCGAGGGUUGUUCUUUCGCUUGGUUGUUUCUCUUCAAAUUGAGUCUUCCCUUUCCAUGGAGAUAAUUGCCUUUUGGUUGUGGAUCCAAGGAAAUGGCUAUGAAGAUUACCUUGCGCACUCCGAUCUGUUUGAUGACAACUAUUUUCUCAUGUUUGCUUCUACUGGAAAAAUAUUUCUUGAAGUUCUCCAUAUUGAAUUUGAUGAUUCAGAUCCCAGAUCUAUACCAAGCAGAAGCUUUCUGAGGGAAGCUAUUGAAGGGAUUUCUUUCUAUCUUAACAACAUAUGUUACAAGGCCUUGGAAGAUCUUCGAGAAAGGGCAGAGAUCCAUGCUAUGAAUCAAGCCUUUGGAGAAUCCUUUUUUGAGCAGCAAGCCUACGGAGAAUCCUUUUUGGAGCGGCAAGCCUAUGGAGAAUCCUUUUUUGAGCAGCAAGCCUAUGAAGAAUAUUUGAACAAUCGGGUUCCAAUAAGCCCGGAGCACCUUCUGACAAAGAUUAAGGCUCUGUAUACUAAUACUUCAAAGCAUCAUGGAGAAGGCACAAGUUCUAGAAGUAUCCGUCAUCCAACAAGCCAUGUCCCCCAAGAUAGAGGGGAAGAAGUAUAUGAGCGUCAGUCGACCUCUCGUUUGGCGACAUUGCUGGAAAAUUUAAGUUUAAGAGAGAAGCAUAAUGAUGGAAUCAUGCAACAAUUAUCUGAUGUUCCACGUGAUGAGAGAACUCUCUUUGUGACUUUCUCCAAUGGCUACCCAUUGACCAAAGAUGAACUGUAUGAUUUCUUUAUGAGGCACUAUGGGGAUAUUGAAGAAAUAACUAUAGAGGAGCCAAUGGAACAGAGGCCACCACUAUAUGCACAUGUUACAUUUUUCUCGCAGUUGACACUCUUCCGUGUACUUGAUGGGAACAAGAAAGUCAAGUUCAUGACAAGGCAAAAGCAUCUAUGGGCUCGACAGUAUGUGCCAAAGAAAAAGAAGACGAAGCCUAACGAGCUGAACCCAUUUUCCUGAAUAUUCGAGGACAUUCUAUUCUGUCCAUGCUCGAAGCAUUUGAAUAAAUAACUCCACACUUCAGAAAUUCCUUGUUGUAUGUACCUUCUUAUCCUAGUAACUUGGAAUUAUGGGAUGGUUCUGAACUUCUGGUAUGUGACGUGACUCUCAGAUUUGUAAGUGAUAAGGCUUGCGAAUUUAAACUGCUGGCAUUUAGACUUAAAGUAAUUCGAACUUCUGGUA